AUGGAAUCAGACCCAGAUACCCUGAUGCUAGACGGCGAAGUAGUGGAGACCACCGAAGACCAGGGCCAAGCAGCGAUCGUCCCUGGCUCUACUCUCAAGGUGGAGCUGAGUCUUGACGCAACGGAGACCGCACCUCCUACGGCAGCGUCACCACGAACGCAGGCUUUACUUGCGCCUGUAUUGAAAGGCCCUGGAUUUCGCCGGGACGCGGAGCCAAAAGACCAAACAAAGGUGUUUGCUAGAAAGGAUGGGCCAAAACCAGCCAAAUUUUCAAGUUUGCCCUAUGCGACAUCGCAGACCGGCCUUGUCUACGAUGUGCGGAUGCGAUUCCAUGUUGAAGCCGAGCCAUCAGAGGACGAUUUGCAUCCAGAGGACCCACGGCGUAUCCAUGCCAUUUUCGAGGCAUUCGUGAAUGCUGGUCUUGCUUGGCGCGAGGAUGAUUCAGGACCAAUCGGCGACUACUUCAUGGGUCGAAUAGAUACAAGACUAGUGACGAAAGACGAGGUCUGCCUCGUGCAUACUGUCGAUCACUGGAACUGGGUUCGCUCCUUAAGCGGGAUGAGCGCGCCAGAACUUCAAGUUGAACAGCAAUAUCCUGGGCACAUGAAUGACUCGAUCUACCUGUCAAGCAGCACCCCAUAUUGCGCCCAGCUCUCUGCCGGUGGUGCGAUCGAGGCUUGCCGAGCUGUGGUGCUGGGGAAAGUCAAGAACGUUUUCGCAGUCAUUCGUCCUCCCGGCCACCAUGCCGAGAGAGAGGAUGCCAAAGGCUUUUGCUUCUUCGACAAUGUCAGCAUUGCUCUCAAAGUCUGCCAGAGAGAAUUCGGCACCCAAUGCCGCAAGGUGUUGGUACUGGACUGGGACGUCCAUCACGGCAACGGCAUUCAGCAAGCCAACUAUGACGACCCUAAUGUUCUGUACAUUUCAGUACACCUCCAUCUGAAUGGAGGCUUCUAUCCAGAGUGCUCAUAUCGCGACAAGAGAGGUCCCUAUGGUGAUCACCUCCAUUGUGGCGAAGGCGAAGGGUUGGGCUUCAAUGUCAACAUCCCAUGGUCAAAACCCGGCAUGGGAGAUGCGGACUACAUAUACGCGUUCCAGCAAGUCGUAAUGCCAAUUGCGACCGAUUUCAACCCAGAUCUGGUGAUCAUUGCAGCCGGCUUCGACGCUGCCAAAGGCGAUAUGCUUGGCAAAUGCGAGGUCACGCCUACCGGCUAUGCCCACAUGACGCACAUGCUCAUGUCAUUAGCAGGCGGAAAGGUCGCCGUGUGUCUGGAAGGCGGUUACAAUCUGGAAUCCAUAGCCCGGUCUGCCACUGCAGUCGCACGCACUUUGAUGGGGGAGCCACCUGACCGACUGCUCGAUACUGAGCCCACGAAAUCUGGUGUGGACGAUGUCAAGCGUGUUUUGCGACAGCAAAGCAGAUUCUGGAAGACGCUCCAUCCAAAGGACCCCUCAACGAAACUUUCUGGUCCACUUCGUGGCGUCCGCAUGCAUAAUGUAGUGCGAGACUGGCAGGCGGAGGUUCUGUUCGAUGAAUACAGGAUGACACCACUGUUCAUUCACAGACAGCAGAUAUCAAAGGAGUUUGAGAAUCAAGUGCUCGCCACAUCGAAUUACUCUGAAUCUCGCCCUCUUCUUCUUAUCCUUCACGACCCGCCCGAAUUGAUUGCCUCCCCAGAUCCGAGGACGGGUAAGGUCGAGCUCCAUAACACAUGGCUGACUGACCCUGUGAAGACCUACGUCGACUGGGCAGUCAAGCAAGGCUUCGCCGUCAUCGACGUCAAUCUUCCCAAGCACGUCACAGCAUUCGACGCUGAUGGACAAGAGCACAAUGAUAACGACAGCGUGGAAAACCGGACUCGGGAAGCUACCAUGCUUCUCACAUACCUAUGGGAAAAUCACAUCGAGCUCAACGAUCCCACACACGUCUUUCUCAUGGGCACCAAUAUCGGGCAUGCUGCCAUCAUCAACUUCAUCAAGUCACACGAAGACCAGGCGCAGAGCUUGAUCACAGAGACAAUCUCUUUUGUAGUCGAUGUGGGUCUCAUGUCCUGCAAGUCAGCGACAAAUGACAUGCUACCAGGCUGGUACUAUCAACACUCGAUGGUCUUCAUAGCACGCGACCACCAUUUCUGGCAAUCAGAUUUCGUCCGAAAGCCAAGGAAGAGAUUCGGCCACACCCAGCAAAGCAGUAGCGAUACAAUCAGCGACAUGCUUAUCGACCACAAGGACGCCAUCUUCGAGCUGCUCUUAGAGGAUACGGUGGAGUGGAGGGGACAGCAGAUACCAAGCGACAAUGGCGUCGGGUCAGACUCAGCACAAAUAAGUCCAAGCAAGCUGCCACCAGUCCACAACUUCGCCUUCUCUCCCGGACCGAGAACUCCAGGCACUACCAGUUCCGCCACUAUGAACAAUCCAGCAGUAGCUGGAAACCGAAGCCCUACGAAACUGCCCCAGAGCUUUGCACCCUCACCGAGACAAUAG